GGGGGGCAGUGAGGCUCCUCGGCAUCAGAGCUGGAAGCUUCAGCGAUCCGCCGAGCGCCCUGGCCGGGUCUGUCCGCUGGAGGGGACCGAUCUGACCCGCAGGCUUUGAUUCGCAUCUCUGGGGGGAAUCCAGCCUCAGCGACAGCCUCUCAUGUGUCUUUAUCCACCCGAACAUCUGUGGGCAUAAGGACGGGAGUGACCAAGCGAUGUCUGCGCCGGGUUUCACAAACCUGAACAGCUCCAUCAGUUACAGCCAGAACUCGACGCCGAACGGAGGAGCCGCGCCGCCCUGUCAGAAUGGUCCAGCACAGACCUACCCAUCCAUGUACCCACCUGCAGGAUAUUACGGAGCCCCGCCUCAGCAACAAGGUUACCCCACCAUUCCUGCCCGCUGCAGCCCUGCUCCCAGUAAAUCACCCAUCACGAACAAUGCCCACAGUGCUAACUACUACCACAACAACCAGCAACAGCAGCAGCAGCACCUCCCCCAGCACCAUGCUCCUCCUAAUGUAGCGCCCUCUUCGUACGGGGCACCACCAAGCUCUCUGCCCCCUUCCCAACCCUAUGGCACGACCCCUGCCACCCUCCCCACCUCGGCAGCCCCACCAGCAAAUGCCCAGUAUAACCCACAGCCAUUCCAGCAGCAGGUCCCCUAUGGCGCUUCAGGAUCCUACUAUGGACAGCAGUUGUAUCACGCUCCCCCGGCGCCACAGCAGCAGCACCAGCAGCAGCAGCAGCAGCAACCCUGUUUGGUGCCUGCUCCAGCCAGCGGCCCUGGCGCUCCCCUCUACCCUAUCGUCUCGUACCCAUCUGCACCGGGAAGUAGCCAAUACGGCACCCUUCGGUCCUCCCAGGCCAGCUCCACAACUGGAGCUGUGCCCACCCUGAUGAGUGCACCCCUCCAUCAGUACAGCGCCCCUCAGCCAGCCUUGACAACAGCAGUGCAGCCUGGGUACAGCAUGGCUCCUCCUGCUCAGCAGGCAACAGUCAAUGGCCAGGGAAGCACAGCCCAAACCACAGUCCACCAACAUUAUGACCAAAGCCACCAGGCGUCGGUGAACUACGACCCUUAUGGGGGGCUCAGUCAGAGCAAUGUGGGUGCGGACGGAGACAGGCCACCCUCAGGAACCCCCUCCACCUCGGUCCAUUCCUCCCCAGGACGGCACCAAGGCAUGCAGUAUGGAUAUGUUGCUAAUAGUGGAGCUAGCUCUGCCUCUGCCGCCACCUCCGCCCCAGCCGCAGCCCCAGCCACAGCCCCCUCGUCAUCCAGCUCCGAUGACGAGGAUGAGGACGAGGAUGAGGAUGAGGAAGCAGGUGGUGAUACGUCCUCCUCCACCACUGGCAGUGCUUCUCCGGUUCCCAACAGCUAUGAUUCCAUUGAAGGGGGCAGCUAUCCAGACUCCAUGCCACCUUCCAACGACAUGACAAACCAAGCCCAGUCCUACGGGAGCUAUGGUUACCAAAGCAUGCAGCCGGCCUAUCAGCAGGGGCCAGCGUCCCACGGUGACUCCUCCCCCUCCCACAGCCUGUACGGCCAGUCCAGCUACCAGCAGUACUCUCAGCCGUUCCCUAGCCUGUCCCAGCUGUCUGCGGCGCUGGGCGGGCUGAGCGGGGUGCCGGAGCUGGAGGUGGAGGCCCUGCGGCCCGUCAACCUGCUGCAGGAGAGGAACCUGCUGCCCCCGAGGCCCCUGCAGGCCCCUGAGCCCAACCUCAGCGCUGAACUCAAGAAGGCCAAUUGCAGCCCACAGACAUUCAGAUGUACCCUGACCAGCAUCCCACAGACCCAGGCUCUGCUGAACAAGGCCAGGCUCCCACUGGGACUCCUCCUCCACCCCUUCAGAGACCUCCAGCAGUUACCUGUGAUCACGUCCAACACUAUAGUUCGCUGUCGCUCCUGUCGCACCUACAUCAACCCGUUCGUCUCCUUCCUGGACCAGCGCAGGUGGAAGUGCAACCUCUGCUACCGGGUCAACGAUGUUCCAGAUGAGUUCAUGUACAAUCCGGUCACCAGGUCGUACGGCGAGCCCCAUAAGAGACCAGAGGUUCAGAACUCCACCGUGGAAUUCAUCGCCUCCUCAGACUACAUGUUGCGGCCGCCUCAGCCGGCAGUCUACCUGUUUGUGCUUGAUGUGUCCCACAACGCGGUGGAGGCAGGAUAUCUGAAGCACUUCUGUGAGUCACUUCUGGACAACCUGGACAAGUUACCCGGGGAUUCCCGCAUCAGAGUGGGCUUCCUGACCUUCGACAGCACCAUCCACUUCUACAACCUGCAGGAGGGCCUGUCCCAGCCGCAGAUGCUGGUGGUCUCAGACAUCGACGACGUCUUCAUACCGUCUCAUGACAGUCUGAUGGUGAACCUGAAGGAAAGCAAAGAGCUGGUGAAGGACCUGCUGACGUCCCUGCCGGCCAUGUUCAGCCAGAGCAGGGAGACCCACAGCGCCCUCGGCCCUGCAUUACAGGCCGCCUACAAGCUCAUGUCGCCCACCGGGGGGCGUGUUUCUGUGUUCCAGACGCAGCUGCCCACUUUGGGCGCCGGCCUGCUGCAGUCACGGGAAGACCCCAACCAGCGCUCCAGCACCAAGGGGGUGCAGCACCUGGGUCCAGCCACAGACUUCUACAAGAAGCUGGCUCUGGACUGCUCGGGCCAGCAGAUCGGAGUGGAUCUCUUCCUGCUCAGCUCCCAGUACGCUGACCUGGCCUCGCUAGCGUGCAUCUCCAAGUAUUCAGCCGGCAGCAUCUACUACUACCCCUCCUUCCACCACGUACACAACACGGCCCAGCUGGAGAAGUUCCAGAAGGAUCUGGAGCGCUACCUCACCAGGAAGAUCGGCUUCGAGGCUGUCAUGAGAAUACGAUGCACUAAAGGUUUGUCCAUCCACACGUUCCACGGAAACUUCUUUGUCCGCUCCACUGACCUGCUGUCCCUGGCCAAUGUGAACCCAGACUCUGCCUUCGCUGUCCAGAUGUCAAUCGAAGACUCUCUGGCAGACUCCUCUCUGGCUUGUUUCCAGGCUGCACUGCUCUAUACUUCUAGUAAAGGGAAGAGGCGUAUCAGAGUGCACACUCUCUGUCUGCCGGUGGUCAACCAGCUGAGCGACGUGUACGCCGGGGCCGACGUCCAGGCCAUCACGUGUCUGCUCGCCAACAUGGCCAUCGACCGGUCGAUAUCGUCCAGCCUGUCGGAUGCCCGGGACGCCCUGGUGAACGCGGUGGUGGACUCGCUGAGCGCCUACAAGAACACCGUGUCCAGCCUGCAGCAGUCCGGCCUCAUCGCCCCCGCAUCCUUGCGCCUCUUCCCCCUCUACGUCCUCGCUCUGCUCAAACAGAAAGCGCUGCGGACCGGCACCAGCACGCGGCUGGAUGAGCGGGUCUUCGCCAUGUGUGAGUUCAAGACUCAGCCACUGCAGCAGCUCAUGCGCCUGGUUCACCCCGACCUGUACCGGCUGGACACCCUGUCCGACCAGGGGGCGCUGCAUCUGAACGACAUGGUGGUGCCUCAGCUGCCUCUGGUCCACCUGUCCGCUGAGAGGCUGAGCAGAGACGGAGCUUUCCUCAUGGACUGCGGCAACGUGUUUUACCUGUGGAUCGGCAAAUGCUGCAACGACAUGUUCAUCCGAGACGUUCUGGGCUGCCCGAACUACGCUGCAAUGCCCCCCAACAUGACUCACAUUCCUGAGCUGGAAACUCCUCUGUCGGAGAGAGUGCGAGCCUUCCUCGACUGGCUGCAGGACGACAGGGCCUUCUGCUCCACUCUACAUGUGAUCAAGGACGAUGCCUCAGCGAAGUCGACCUUCUUCCAGCACCUGGUGGAGGACCGCUCGGAGGCGGCGUCCUCCUACUACGAGUUCAUCCAGCACAUCCAGCAGCAGAUGUCCAAGUAGACUCCCCAGACCCGAGUGAAGGACUCGUAGAACGAAACCUAGCGUUAGCCACUGACGCCGGACACUCAUCGCUCCCUCCGACCGGUUCCAGCGAGGUGCGAACAAACCCCCCGACAUCCCUCCCUCCCCAGCAGCCCCGCCCCCAGAAAACGACUGGAUAGCUGUCAGAGAGAAUUAUAAACAAAACAAAAAAACAAAAAAAAAAGAAGUGAAUUGAGGGAGCAGGGAAGCGUUUCAGACCGAACAGAGAAGUGGACCGGGCUCCUCCUCCAGACAGCUUGGCGCCUCCCUCCGCCGCCUCUCCUCCCCUCGCACAGGCCGCCGUCGAACCCGCCGCCCCCGACACACGAGGGGGAACGCCAAGCCAAGAAGACGCCAUUUCCAUGAGUUUUUAGUUGAAUUUGUUUUUCGUAAGCCUCACAUGUAGCUAGUGCUGUCUCUUUUUUUUUUUUUUUUUAAAUUAAUUCUCACUCCCCUCCUCCCCCGUUUUAUUUAAAAGCCUCUUUUGAAUACACUGGAGAAUAGAAACAAGCAUUCCUUCUGUUGUUUUCCGGCAUGCGCUUUGAAAGAAACGCAUGUCGCAGUUUUGUUUGCUGCUAGUCUGAGGAUAGACGACGACUCUCUGCGUGACAGGAAGCUAACUCGACAGUGGUUGGACUUUUGAAUUUCCUCCCUCGUUGCCCUCCCCCUCCUGCUGUUUGAACUUCUGGUUUGUCGAGAUCAAACUGAGAAAACCCCGUCUGUCCACAAACCCCCCGCCCCGCCCCUCCUCCUCAUUUGUUGUUUUUUUUCCAGGCGCUAACUGAAGUUGCUAUCCACUUUGUAACUAUUGAAAAGAAUCUUUUAUGUGCGAUAAUUUAUGAACCAGCUUAUUAAAUAAAAAAAACUGUCAAAAUA